AUGGAGGAGCGGGAUGAAGCGCAACGAGCGGCCAAGGCGAUCUUCGAGGAGAAACGAGAUCUCGAGGCUGUGCACGAGCGGUUACUGGAGGAGUACGAGGAGAAGGAGAUGGAGCUGGAGGAGGCGAUGGCUGCCAGGGACGCGGAGGUCAACCGACGGAAGCAGCUCGAGAACGCCUUGGCUGUGGCGGAGGGGAAGGACGGAGACGGAUGGCGGCGACUGCAGAGGGAGCAGCAGUUGCAGGAACAGGUGCAGGCGCUAAGGCGGGAGACGGCGGGACUGAAGCGACAGGCUGCUUCGUGGAGGCGCAAGUGGGAGGCGGCGGAGAGGGAGCUGGGCGAGGCGAGGCAGGAGCUGGCUCGCCUGGAGGUGCAGCAGCGACGCCUGCCGCACAUGGAGAAGCAGCUGCAGGUGAGCCUCAUCGCCGGGUAUGCGUUUCCUCCUUCCACUGGGUAUGGGUACCGUCCUUGGCAAGCAAGCUGGUCUGAAGCAGGCGUGCACCUCCAGCUCCUCCCGAAGCAGGAGCUGGCUCGCCUGGAGGUGCAGCAGCCGCCGCGCCUGCCGCACAUGGAGAAGCAGCUGCAGAACCUGAAGGGGGAGGUGGAGAGGUGGAGAGGCAAGGCGGAGGAGAUGCAGAGAGAGGCGGAGGAACAGAGGACGAGAGCCAAGGUGGCAGAGGUCAAGAAGACGACUCUUGAAGAGCUCGUCGCUUCCCUCACGAAAGAAGAAGAUAGAGACGAUGACGACAGUGAGGGCAAACGGGAAGAGGAAGCAGAGGUGGAAAAGUUGGAAGAGGCGGAAGAGGAGGAGGCGGAGGAGGAUGAAGAGGAGGAGGAGAAGUGGAAGGACGAGCAGGUGAAUCAGCAGCUGCAGGUGCUGAAAGAAGCGUUUCAGGAGUUUGAAGGCAUCAGAUCCUCGUGUGACGAAACAUCUUCUGCAGAAACAGCCUCUAAGAUAGGCACGCCAGGGGCGUGGGGAAGGCUGUGUAUGACGGCAGGAAAGGAGAGUCUGGGCGGGGCAGGGAGUGUGUGCACAACGGGGAGUGUGGGGAGCGUGGGGAGUGUGGGGCACGGACAGAACGAGGAGACGGGGAGGGUGAUCAGGAGCCUGCAGUCGAAGGUGCGCGCGGCGCUGCGGGAGAGGGACGCGGGGAGGGUGGAGUGCGCGCGGCUGAGUGAGAUGGUGGCGGGGCUGCGGAGGGACCUGGCGCGGGCGGAGGAGGCGGAAGGGAAGGCGGGGGCAGAGGCGGUGGAGGUGCGGAGGCAGCUGCUGCAGGCGAAGGAAGAGCAGAAGGCAGAGGUGAGGGGCCAGGGUCAGGAAGAUGCCGCUGCUGCUGUUUGUGUUGACGCGGAGGCUCUGCUGGCGGAGAGGGAGCAGCGGGCGGCGCAGCUGAUGGCAGCAGAGGGAGCUCGGCUGGAGGGGGAGAAGGAGAAAGCCCUGCUCGCCGCGGACCUCUCGUCCACCAGGGCGGAGGUUUCCCGCCUGGAGAGGAGCAUGGCAGAGUCAGAGAAGCUGUCCAAGCAGUGGUUAUCCUCGCUACAAGCAGAACUCGCUGUGGUUAAAACGGAGCUGGAGCGCAAGGAGCGCAAGCUGGAAGAAGCUACACGCGAGCUGAACGUUAAGUUUAGGGAGUGUGAGAGGAUGGAGAGGGCCUGGGAGAAGCAGCAGGAGGCUUGGAACGGAGAGGCGCAAGAGGCAGCGGUGCAGCUCGUUUCAGCGCGGUUGGACCUGGCUGGUUGCGGUUUUGAGAGGAGUGAGGCCGAGAUGGAGUGGGAGGAGGAGAAGAGGGCAAGGGAGGAGGAGUGGGCGGGCAGGGAGAAGGAGUGGGAUGGGGAGAAGCUGAGGUGGAUCAAGGAGCAGCUGACGUGGGCAACAAAGGAGCGAGAAUGGGCGAAGGAAGCAGAUGAGCAGAGGGAGCACGUGGCAUGGCUUGAAGCGAGCCUGUCCGGGGUAGAGCAGGAGAAGCAGGAGCUUCUGCAGGCUAAGAAAGAGGCGGAGCAGGAGACGGAGGAGGUGGAGAUGGAAAGGGAGGAAUUGGAGCAGGAGAGGAGGAGACUUGAAGGGGUGGUGGUUGCUCUGCGGGACGAGGGUCAGCGGAUGGAGCAGGAGCUGGAGGGGGUGCGGAAGCAGGCGGAGGCGGAGCAGCAGGCAGCACAGCAGGCGAUGCAGGAGUGGAAGCAGAAGGAGCAGCAGUGGGCGGGCUGUGAGGCGCAGAUGGCCGCUCAGGUGGGGUGUUUGGAUGAGGAGAUCACUGGGCUGAAAAUGGCACACGCAGCGGAGCAGCAGGCGUGGGCGGAGAAGGAGUGCAGGUGGGCGUCUGAGGUAGAGGAAUGGACGCGGAAGGAGCAGCAGUGGGCGGGCUGUGAGGCGCAGAUGGCCGCUCGUGUGAGGUGCUUGGAUGAGGAGAUUACUGGGCUGAGGGAAGCGCGAGCAGCCGAGCAGCAGGCGUGGGCGGAGAAGGAGAGGCAGGAGCAGGCGCGAGUAGCCUCUCUGGUGGAGCAGUGGGGGGAGAAGGAGGAGCAGUGGGAGGCUGAGAGGAGGGAGCUGGUCGGCAAGGGAGAGGAGGUGUCUGCUCAGGCUUUGAUUCUGACUGAAGAGUUGGCUUCUGUGAAACAGACAUAUGCGGAGGAGCAGCUGCAGUGGGCGGAAGAGAAGGGGGAGCUCGCAGCUAAGCAUGAGGAGCUAUCUGCGCAGGCUAUGCUUCUGACUGAAGAGUUGGCUGCUGUGAAGCGGGCUUACGCGGGGGAGCAGCAGGAGUGGGCGAUAAAGGGGAAUGAGUGGAGGGCGAGGGAGCAGGAGUGGGAGGUGCUGGAGCAGCAGCAGAGGGUGCGGCUGGGGGAGAUGGAGACCGCGUUGGAGUGUGUUAAGGCGGAGAAGGCUGCUGUGGAGGAGGAGGUUGGAGACGUGAGGCAGGAGAGGGAGGAGCUGACGAGAGCCGUUGAUGCUCUAGAGCGCGAGAAGCAGGAGCUGAUCGCAGCCGUUGAUUCGCUGGAGAAGGAGCGGGCGGCAGAGCGGGAAGAGUGGGGAGAGAAGAAAGGGGAAUGGAAGAAGGAGCAGGAAGUGCAGGAAAGGCGGAUGAGGGAAUUCCAGGGCAUGUUAGAAGCCAUGCAACAGGAUAGUUUGCAGCAGAGAAGGGAGUGGGAAGGCAAGGAAAGGGAGUCACUGGCAAAGGAGCAAGAGUGGCAGGAGAAGGAGCUGGCGUGGCAUUGCAGAGAGGGAAUUCUGGGUGAGGCUCUUGCUGCCGUGGAGGCAGACCUGUGUGUGGUGAAGGGAGAUGUGGCAGAGAAGCAGCAGGCGAUAGCAGCAGCGGAGCAAGAGCUGCGCCUGGUAAAGGGAGAGCUGACAGCGAAGGAGAAUGCUUGGACGUGCAGGGAGGGUUUCUUGGGAGAGGCUCUUGCUGCCGUGGAGGCAGAGCUGUGUGUGGUGAAGGGAGAUCUGGUAGAAAAGCAGCAGGCUAUGGCAGCAGCGGAGCAAGAGCUGUGCCUGGUAAAGGGAGAGCUGGCAGCGAAGGAGCAGACGAUUGCAUGCUGGCAGGAGAAGGAGCAGGCUUGGACUUGCAGGGAGGGCGUUCUGGGUGAAGCCCUUGCAGCAGCGGAGGAGGAGUUGUGUGCGGUGAAGGGAGGUAUGACAGCAAAGGAGCAGCAGUGGGUGGAGAAGGCGGGGGUGAUGGAUGAACAGAUGGCAGCUGUGCAGCAGAAUCUGGCGGCAGCUCAGGCUGACGUGGAGACUGCUGAAGCUGAGCUGGCAGCAGUGAGGAAUGAGCUGGUAGAGAGGGAUCAGGAGCUGGCAGUGACGGAGCAGCGAUGGGCUGAGAAGGAGGCGGCAUGGGAGGUGACGAGGUUAACGUUUGAGGGGAGGGUGACAGAACUCGAAGGGAGCGUUGCUAGCUUGGAAGAAGAGAGGUCAGAAAUGCAGCGUAAGAUGCAAUCCAAGCACGAGCAUUGGGCGGAGAAGGAGCAGCAGCUGCUGCUGGUGCAGCGGCAGCAGGAGGAGUCAGCAGCAGGUGCUUUAAGAGCUGCAGAGGCAGCAAGGGAAGAGGCGGAGGUGCAGGGGCAAGCCUGGCUGGCUCGGGCAGAAGCAGCAGAGAAGAGAGAGGAGGGUCUGAGGGAGGAGAUGGAUGGGUUGGUUAAGGAAGGUGCGGCAAGGCACCAGAGAGUAGUGAGGGACUUGACUGAGGCGCGUGGGAAGCUGGAUAGUGUGAAUGCGCGGUUGAAUGCGGUUCUGGGAGAGAGAGAUGGGUUGAAACGGGAGCUAGAGGGCGUGAGGAGGGAGUUUGGGAGGGAGAGGGACGGGUGGGUGAAGGAACGGGCUGUUCUGGAGGAGAAGGUGUGGGGUUUGGAGGAGAAUGGGAGGGGUUUGGAGGAGAAAGUGAGGGGUUCGGAGGAGUCAAAUGCGCAGCUGAAAGCAGCAGUAUCCCAGUUGCAGGGGCAGAAGGUGGCAUUGGAGGAGACGGUGGGAAAGCUGAGGGAUUUGAAUGUGGAUCUUGAGCAGGCGAACGGGCAGCUGAUGGGAGGCAAUGUGCAAUUAGAGGCGAGUGUCGGGCAGCUUAGAUCGGCUAACGUGCAGCUGAAAGCAGCAGUGGCGCGGUUGGAGGGGGAGAAGGGGGCGGUAGAGGCGGAGAGGGCGGAAGGGGAGGCGGAGUGGGAGGCGGAGAGGGAGGGGAUGGAGAGGGAGAAGGGGAGGUUGGUGGGGGAGAGGGAGAGGCUUGUGUGGGUGAAUGCGCAGUUGAAGGCUGCUGUGGGGAGGUUGGAGGGGGAGAAGGGGGAGGCGGAGUGUGGGAAGGCGGAAGCAGAGGCGGAGUGUGCGGAGCUGAAGGGGGAGAGGGCGGAGCUGGUGAUUGAAGUGCGUGCGUUAAAGGAGAAAGUGAGUGGGUUGGAGGAUGAGAAGAGGGAGGUGGAGAGGCAUUACGAGGAGCUGACAAACGAAGUGUGUGUACUGAAGGAGGCUGUGUGUGGGUUGGAAGCGGUAAGAGAUGGGUUGGAGGAGCAGAAGAGGGAGGUGGAGAGGGAGAAUGAGGAGCUGCUAAAGGAGAGGGAGCGACUGAAGGGCGAGGUGGCAAAGGUUAUGUCAGCAAAGGGAGAGGUCGAAGCAGAGAGGGAGGAGUUGCAGACAGCACUGGGAGAGGCGCGUUCGGAGAAGGAAGAGGUUGAAGCAGAGAGGGAGCAGCUGAAGGGAGCGCUGGGACAGGCGCAUGAAAAGAUGACUCAACUCGAAGCCGAGAGGGAGCAGCUGCAGGCAGGUAUUGGUGAGUUGGAGAGGGAGAUCGGCCAGGUGAAGUCUGAGAACGAGGCCCUAGAUGCGGCUAAGAAAGGGUUGGAGGGAGCACUGGGGCAGGCGCAGACAAAGGUGGGGCAAUUUGAAGCGGAGAGGGAGCAGAUGGAAGCAGGUAUCGGCGAGUUGGAGAGGGAAAUUGGCCUGCUGAGGGCGGAGGGAGCAGCUUUAGCUGCAGAGAAAGGGGCGCUGGAGGAAGAGCAAGUGGUGCUGCUGGCUGGUGCGGCUGAGAUGAAGGCAGAAAUCGAGCAGCUGAGAACUGAAGGAGCAGCUUUGGCUGCAGCGAAGGGGGCUUUGGAGGAGGAGCGAGUGGUGCUGCUGGCUGGUGCGGCUGAGACGGAGAGAGAAAUCGAGCAGUUGAAAUCUGAGAAUGAGGCUUUGAGUGCGGGUAAGGAGCAGUUGGAGGGAGAGAGGGAGAGUUUGCUUGCAGAAAGAGAGAGUGUGCUGGCUGAGAGGGAGGGUCUGCUUGCUGAUAAGGCUGGGCUGGAGAAGGAUAAGGACGGAUUACUCGAGGAGCGGGAGGUGCUUCAGCAGGAGAAGGGUGAUUUGGAGGAGAGGGUGGUUGCCCUGGCAGGUGAAAGGGAUGGGCUGACGGUCAAGGUGGGGGAAUUGGAAGCCGAGAGGGCUCGUCUGGUGGAGAAAAUUGCAGGUUUGAAUGGCGAGAAGGAGGCGCUGAUGGGUGAAAAGGAAGCUUUGAUUGUGCAGCACAGGGAGCUGGAAGGUGAGAAGGCUGGUCUGAUGGGGCAGGUUGCAGGUUUGAGGGGAGAAAAGGAGGCGUUGCUGGUUGAAAAGGCAGAGUUGGUGGAAUGGAAGUCAACAGUGGAAGCUGAGAGGGAUGGGAUGCAGGUGAAGGUAGGGGAGCUUGAGGCUGAGAGGGAUGGGCUGAAAGUACAGAUGGGGGAACUGGAGGUUGAGAGGGAAGAGCUGAUGGUGAAGCACAGGGAGCUUGAAGGUGAGAGGAUUCGCUUGAUAGAGCAGAUCGAGGAUUUGAACAGAGAGAAGGAUGUGCUGAUGGUCGAGAGGGAGGAGUUGGUGGAGGAGAAGGCAGCUUCGGAAGCUGAGAGGGGUCGUAUGAAGGUACAGAUACGGGAGAUGGAGGUCGAGAGGGCGGGACUUAUGGAGCAGAUCAGGUGCUUGCAGUCAGUGAAGGAGGCGCUAAUGGGCGAAAAGGAGGAGCUGGUGAGGGAGAAGGAAGCAGUAGAGGCUGAGAGGGAUGGGCUGAAGGUGAAGCAAGGGGAGCUUGAAGCUGAGAGGGCGGUUCUUGUGGAGCAGAUUGGGUGCUUGCAGGCAGAGAAGGGGGUGCUGGAGGGGACAGUGGGACGGCUGCAAGGGGAAUGGACAGCGCUUCGAGGACAGCUUGAUUCGUUACAAGGGGAGCAUGACUCGUUACAGGGAGAGUUUGAUUCGCUGCAAGGGGAGUUCAGUGCAGUGCAGGAGGAGAAGGUGGGCGUGGAAGCGGAGAGGGCAGAGCUGCAAGACAAGGCUCGUGCUCUGGAGGAGAGGCGAGCCGAUUUGGAAGGAGAGAAGGCCGUUUUGGAGGGAGAGAAGGCCAUUUUGGAAGACGUGGUGCAAGGUCUGAGAAGCGAGAAGGAGUCAGUUGAGAGUGCUAACUGCGAGCUCAAAGCCUCGUUGAGCGAGAGCAGGAGCACUGUGCUGCAGCUAGAGAAUGCGCUGGAGGAGAGGGAGGGUGCUGUGAGGAGGUUGGAGGGAACUGUGCAGCAGCUAGAGCAGACAGUGAAGGAGAGGGAGGGCGCUAAUUGCGAGCUCAAAGCAUUGCUGAGCGAGAGUAGGAGCACUGUGGCGCAGCUAGAGAAUGCACUGGAGGAGCGGGAGGGUGCUGUGAGGGCUUUGGAGGGCACAGUGCAGCAGCUGGAGCAGAAAUUGGAGGGCGCUAAUUGCGAGCUUGAGGCCUUGGUGGAGGAGAGUAGAAGCACUAUUCAGCAGCUCAAGGAGACGUUGGAGGAGAGGGAGGGCGCUGUGAGGAGGUUAGAGGGCGCUGUGCAGCAGCUAGAGCAGACGUUGGAGGAAAGGGAGGGUGCUAACUGCGAGCUUAAGGCGUUGGUGGAGGAGAGUAGGAGCACUGUGCAGCAGCUGAAUCAUGCUUUAGAGGAGAGGGAAGGUGCUGUGAGGAGGAUGGAAGGGACUGUGCAGCAGCUAGAGCAGAAAUUGGAGGAGAAGGAGGGUGCUAACUGCGAGCUUGAGGCGUUGGUGCUGGAGGGUAGGAGCACUGUGCAGCAGCUGAAGCAUGCACUGGAAGAGAAGGAGGGUGUUGUGAGGAGGUUGGAAGGGGCAGUGGAGGAACUGGAGGGGGAGCGGAAGGCAGGAGAGGAGGAGGUGAGUGCGAUGAAGGUGGAGCGAUCAGAGCUAGAGGCUUCCCUGCUGCGACUACAAGUGCGACAGGUGGAGCUGGAAAGUAGCCUGCAGGAGAUGAAAGGAGAGAAGGAGAAGUUUGAAUCACGGCUGCAGGAGGCACAGCAGGAGCAGCAGGAGAUGCAGCAGCAGAUGCAGGGGAAGGAGGAGGAGAUGAGAGGCUUGCAGGAGGAUUGGACACGGGUGGAGCAGCGAUGGGAUGCGGAGAUGAGGGAGAAGGAAGCUGCGUGGAAGGAGCUGGAGGGGAGGCUGAGGGGAGAGGUAGCAGAGAGGGAGGGGCAAGUGGGGAGGCUGAAUGGGCUCGUGGAGGGACUGGAGGGGCAGAUGACAAAGGAGAGAGAGCGUGUUUUGGCUCUGACUGGACAAGUGAAUGAGCUUUUGGAGGUGAAGGGGCAGUUGGACGAGCAGAGGGAAGGGGUUGUGAGGGAGAAGGAGCAGCUGGGAGAGCGAGUGAGGGAGUUGGAAGGGAGGGUGGUGGAGGUGGAGGAGGAGAGGGGGAAGGCGGUGCGGGAGUGUGAGGGUGAGAUAGACAGGAAGGGAGAGGAAGUGAGGAGGUUGAGUGACGAGGUGAGGAGGAUGGGAGAGGAGGUGAGGGAGAGGGAGAGGGAGAUGAGGAGGCGAGAGGAGGAGGUGGUGGUUGCAGUGGAGGCCGAGAAGAGGAGGGUGAAGCAGGAGUAUGCCGAGAGGGAGGCAAGGAGGGAGGAGAGGAUGGAGAGGGAGAUUGGCAAAUUCCAAGCAGCCGUGCAGGAGGAAAAUCAGACUCUCAAGCAGAAGGUGGAUGGCCUGGAGCAAAGGCAGCAGGAGAUGGAGCAGAGGAUUCAAAGGGAGGAGCAGCUGCAGGAGAGCCAGAAGCAGCUUCAGGCUAUGGAGAAUCAGGUGAGCACUGAACCUACCAGUGCUGUAGUACAUUACAUGGGUUGUCUCCGCACACUCUGCUGCCUUUCCUAUAUUUUCACCAUUGCCAACCCUCCCACCCCCCAUCCGCUUCCCCUCUUUUAA